AUGGCCGCGUUGGGCCGACUCCUCCACGUGGCGACCUUGGCGGCGGGGAUGCGCCGCACCUUGGGCUCCCUGGCUGGAAGCUGCCUGGCCGACCGCCAUGUCUGGGAUCGCCUCCACUCUCAGGCUCGUCGGGACGGCCUUCCCACAUAUGACUGGUUCUUUGGAUACGAGCAAGUUCAGUAUCUCCUCCUACCGCUGCUUAAGGAGGCACUGGCCAGCCGUCCUCUGCGAGUGCUGGAUGUGGGCUGUGGGACCUCCAGCCUCUGCACGGAUCUCUACACCAAAUGCCCCUACCCCGUGGACGUUCUGGGGGUGGACUUCUCUCCUGUGGCCGUGGCCCACAUGAAUCGCCUCCUGGAGGGUGUUGAAGGCCAAACCCCGCUGUGCCCUGCACACCCAGCUUCCUGCCUCCAUUUCAAGCAGGCUGAUGCCCAGGCUCUAGGGUCAGUGGCUCCCUCUGGCUCCUUCCAGCUAGUGCUGGACAAAGGUACCUGGGAUGCAGUUGCCCGGGGUGGGCUUCCUGCAGCCUACCAGCUGCUUUCUGAGUGCCUGAGGGUCCUGAGCCCUGGAGGCACUCUUAUUCAAUUCUCAGAUGAGGAUCCUGAUGCUCGCCUACCCUGCUUGGAACAAGGGUCACAGGGCUGCACUGUGACAGUGCAAGAACUAGACCCUUUCAGGGGACUAACUUACUUUGCUUACCUGGUUCAGAGUUCUCCUUAA